AUGGACAUGGUGAGUGGAGGGUUACUGUAGGUUUUCAUAAUUGUGGUGAUAGUAAGACGAUGGUAUUCAGAGUAUCUGGGAACAUGAGGGAAACUUUUUAUUUUUGGUUUCUGGCAGAUAGUAUAAUUACUAAGAUGAUUUAGGGAUUUUUAAGCUAUAAGUAAAUUAAAAUUGCUGUCUAAAUGCCUUGAAUUGAAACUUUCAGCCCCGCCGUGUUCCUCUUUCCGACGUGAAGCCUAAAAAGAAUCGGUUAUCCUCCACUUUGAAUGGUCGGAUCACCAAAGAUAAGCACAAGAAAAAGAAGGAAGAGCUUCAGCUAGCUCAGUAAGUUUUCACAGUAUUUCUUGUAAACUCAGGAUGUCCUAAAAUACGAGUUGUUAUGAAAAAGAUUUGGUUUUACGAACAAUAUAAUUUUUGUCCAAAAAAUGCCAAAACUGAUAUAAAAUGAAUUAUAAAGUGUCAUUAAUUAGAAUUAUUGACUUCAGAAGUAUCAUGGCUUCCGCUCAGAUCGAGCCCGCCCACUCCACCGUCUCUUGUCACAACGCCAGCCACGUCUCCGGCCGAUUGGUUCGUUGCGAGACUUGUAAUGCCUGGUAUCGGGGAUAA